AUGGGACAAACUGGGACAUCAUCUUUCCUCUUCAGCACUCUUCAACUCACAGUGUUGUUGGCAGUUUUUUCAUCUGAAAUUAAAUUUGUUACAGCAGGGAAUUCAGACCCAAGCCUCGGAACAAACUCUUCCAUUGGCAACCAAACUAACAAGAAAUGUGAUUCAGUGGGGACUGAAUGCCAAGUGGGUGUCAUUCUGCCCAUAUGGUUACCAGAGAACCCAUCCUUUGGUGAUAAACUGGCAAGAGCCACAGUUUACUUUGUGGCCUUGUUUUACAUGUUCCUGGGGGUCUCUAUCAUUGCGGAUCGCUUCAUGGCAUCCAUCGAGGUAAUUACAUCACAAGAGAAGGAGAUCACCAUCAAGAAACCAAAUGGCGAAAAAGUGACAACCACCGUGCGUAUAUGGAACGAGACAGUGUCCAACCUGACCCUUAUGGCCCUGGGUUCCUCCGCCCCGGAAAUCCUACUGUCCGUCGUUGAGGUGUGCGGUCACAACUUUAACGCAGGUGAUCUGGGCCCGAACACCAUCGUUGGCAGUGCUGCCUUCAACAUGUUCGUUAUCAUUGGAUUCUGCGUUUCUGUCAUUCCCGAUGGAGAGCACCGGAAAGUCAAACAUUUGAGGGUAUUCUUUGUUACCGCCACCUGGAGUAUAUUUGCAUACACCUGGCUUUAUCUCAUCUUGGCUGUUAUCUCCCCCGGCAUCGUACAGGUGUGGGAGGGCCUUGUCACACUGUUCUUCUUCCCCUUGUGUGUGGGGAUGGCUUACGUCGCAGAUCGCAGACUUCUUGUCUAUAAGUACAUGUACAAGCGCUACCGCGCAGGGAAGCGAAGAGGGGUGAUCAUUGAGACGGAAGGGGAGGCGCAAUUUCCUUCAAAGAUGGACAUUGAAAUGGACGGGAAAAUGCUCAAACUCAGAGGGCUUCAUGGACGGAGCGAUGGGUUUCGAUGA